CUAUCUAUAUCAAUUUUCGCGCCAGAUAACGCCUGGAAAACCAACAGGCCUGUAAGGCGGGACAGCUCAGAAAUUUUCGACACCUGCUUCAUAUUUCCAGUAUCUCUUGCUCUGCCUCCGUCUUCUCCUAUGAUGUCUUCGAAAUGACUUCGUAUCCACCUUCACAUGCUUCACUGCACUAAAUACAUAACGCCAAGGCGAACGCCAUGUCUUCCAACAUCACUCCAUGCUGGGCAUGUUCUCACCCCAAUCCAGAACGCCAAGCAAAAUGUCUGGUCUGCUCUCCAUCCUCCUCAUCGUCAUCGUCACCGAGAACACAUCUGCUCCGGCCAAACACAACAAAAGCACGUUGGACCCUACCCGCUAUCAGUGCCACAAAAUUACGAAAAGUAUGGCAACGCUACGGCUCCGAGAGAAGCCCAGAAUGGGGGGAAGCGCUCGACUUGAUAAGAACACUCAACCCAACAAGACGUUGCACAUCGCCGCUGAGAGUAGACGCAUUCCUCGCAGAACAAAGCCCUCAGAUUAUCUUGUUGCAAGAUAGCGACUAUUUCGAAAGGACCCCUGCUAUAACUCUCACUUCUGCUUCGUCAACCUCAGUGCCAACUAUGAACCUCACUACUUGGCACACAUUUGCGCAGAGCGAGUGGUCGACAACUGAUGUUCAUGUCACAACGACGCAGAGUGAGAAGAAGAAGCAUAGAGGAAACAAGAUAGAUUGUGGGAUUUGCAGAGAAGACGUAGAGGUCAAUCGGAAGUGGCUUGAGGUCAUGGAGGUGGGUAUGACGGUCGAGACAAAAGAUAAGGCGGAGAUGCUCGAGCAAGAUGACCAUUGUGAGUUUGGAACGAUGAUGAAAGGCUUGUGUUUGCAAGCCUCCAAACCGUUUCGAGACAUCGUCAUGUCAGACAGCUGGGCCGACGUGAACACGUGAUAAAAAAGAGUGCUAGACACUCCGGGCUGUUCCUAGGUAGCGAAGAUCGCUUCUAGUGAGCAUCGAAAUGAUUCUCUGAUCCAAAGUAAGCUACACACGUGAUCUGACUUCGUUUCUAUAUGCCUGCUUACAUGAGCGCAUCUGACGACAUGCUCGUCUGCAGCAUAGGUAAUCUACUCAUCUAUGUUGAUUGGGGCGUGCAGCACCGAACUGCGAACACGUACUGACAAUAGAUUCGCCUGCUACCUUGGGUAAUCUUCCUCAUCCUCUUCGCCUUUUCGAAAAUCCUCGAUAGCCGCUGCAU